AUGGCGCGGUUCGGUCGCGCCGCGACCUUCCUCGCGGGCCCGUUCGAGGGGAUGACGGCGGGAUCCCUGGACGCGGAGAAGACCAAGGAGGCCUGCGCCGAGGUGCUGAAGAUCGGCAAGGAGUACAGCUUCGACGACUCGCUGCUCACAUCGCUCCCCAGCGCCAUCCAGAAGGCUCCCGACGCCCGCGGCGGCUUCGACACCCUGUGCCUGACGCAGGUGAAGGAGCUGUUCGAGAAAGCCAUCGCGGAGCUCGCUGCCACACUCGCGGCGGGCGAGCCGGCCAAGGCCGAGCGUGCCAGCGCCGUGGCCGCUGCGGAGGGGACCCUCGCGGCCGCAGAGGCGCAGGAGGCGGCCAGCAAGGAGGCUCUCGUCCAGGCGAAGAAGGAAGAGGGAGAGGCUGGGGAUGCGCUCAAGGCG